GAGUACAGGUACUGGUCUUAUGUCAAAACCCAUCCUGCCCAUGUGGUUCUCUCCCAAGGGUCCCAGCAGGAGGCUGUGGAUGUACUACAUUGGUCCUACACUGAUCAGCUGCUUGCCCAUCCCCAACUGAUUCAGCUGCCUUUUAGUCAGGAGGAGUGUCAGGAACUGUUGAGACUACUCAAUGGUGAGGCUGGGACAUUUCCAUUCAGUUCUACUUGUCUGAUUUUUUUUUCAACAGAUCUGAGUCAGCAAUCCACUCUUUUGUACACACACAUGGUUGCUCACAUUCUUCUACAUGCUGCUCAUUGGCAUCAGGUCAAUUUCAGGCCACACAAACUGCUCCCACAAGACAUCAUCACUGCACACACAUUAAGGCAGAACCUGAUGCUACACAUGGUGGUUGAGAUAUUGAUUGGUAUACUGUGCCUUGGCAUCCCAUUCUUGUUCGUGGAUCAAACAAGAUAUAGCAGCCAUUUUGAUGUGAAGGGGAAUUAUGUGCCACUGUUUGUCAUUGGUGCUUGUACCUGUCUUGUGGUGAGGUCUGCAUUAUCCUCAGCACCUGUCACACUUAUCUCAUUCCCAGGACUGGAUGGUAUCACACACAUUGGAGGUCUGGUUGCCAUUUCAUGUUCCGUUCUGAGCAUGGUUACAUCUUUCCUGUCUAUUUUCCAGUAUAAAGCAGAGUUGCCACAGGGUUCUGCAGCUGUUCAUCAUUUGGCUGCUGCUGCCCAUGAAGGAUUUGUAUUUCUCCCAGUGAGUUUGCACAUUCUGCUCUCUCUUCUGCUAGUUUUUCUCGCAUAUUCUGUGGAUGGGUUCAUCACUGUCAUCAUUGUCUACACUAGAAUCUGUAACAUUACAUGA